AUGUCCACUUUCAAAUGUCCAAUUUCAGGUUGUGCUACCUACAACAAGACGCUGUUUCCCUCCAUCGCGUCAGAGACGAGGCUCCUGAAGGACCUUCUCCAGGACUACGACAAGAGGGUCAGACCUGCCCAGCGCAUCACGGACACCGUCAUUACGUCAUUCGGACUUGGCCUCAAGUCGUUGCUGUAUCUGGAUGAAAAGCGUGAGUACAUGGAGACCGUGUCCUACAUGCUGACGUCAUGGCACGACGGACGCCUCAUGUGGAAUGCCUCACAAUAUGGCGGCAUCGACAGCCUGAAAAUUCCAGCCAACCAGCUGUGGACACCUGACCUCGUGCCAGACACCAGCAUCGAUGAAGAUGUCAGCCUGAUGGACACGAUGGCCAUGAUCUACCCCAGUGGUCACGUGACCUGGAUACCCACACUGCACCUGCGCAGUCCCUGCUCUGUUAACCUUCGAACGUUUCCGUUUGAUGAGCAGAAAUGCUCCAUACGAUUUUCUAGCUACAUCUACCACGGCGACCACCUAAACAUCACCUACUACGGCGGGACGCCAGAUCGAGCCUUUGAUGUGUCGGACCACCACAUCAACACCAACUGGGUGUUGCUGGACCACAGGGCCACAAUCCACGUCAUCAAACACCCCUGCUGUAAUGAGCCCUACCCGCACAUGCAGUUUGACCUGACCUUCAAGCGGAACCCGGACUAUUACGUGCACGUGUUUGUACUGCCCGCCCUCCUGCUGGCACUCCUGGUGCCCAUAAGUCUGCUCAUGCCGCCAGAAUCCAAGGAGAGGGUGACCAUCGGUUCGGUGGUCGUGUUGGGAGUUAUGGUUCUUGACGCCAGCCUGUGUGAGGUUCUACCCAUGGCCUACAACCAGCUACCGGCUAUCUCGAUUUACUACACGUUAACCAUGUUCUGGGCUGUCUUGUCGCUGAUGGGCUCAGCCUUUGUGCUCAAUCUACACAAUCGGGGACCCAGACGAGGGAAAGUGCCAGAUGCUGUUAGAUGGAUAUUCCUGCGCAGUUUAAAAAGGUUGGUCUGCCUUGGAAAUGACAGUUACUAUCCUUUAACUGACCUGGACACCAUUAGCAUGAGAGGGCUUGACAAAACCAUAACGUGUCAAGACAGACAACCCAGUAACUCAGAUUUAAGGGGAAUUAACUCUUCCAAAGUGGAAAAGGAUAUUGAGGAAGUCAACAGAAAUUUAAGUAUCCUCAGUGCGAAAAUAGCAUUGCAGGAUGCUCGUCAGGAAGUACUGAAUGAGUGGCGACAGGUGGCGCUUGUGGUUGAUAGAGUCUUGUUUUUCUUGUUUCUGCUGGUGUUCCUGAUGUGCAGUGUGAUUCUUCUUGCCUAACCUACCAGCACACCCCACAUUGGUACACACUAAAAGCUGGGAUUACUCUUUUAAUAAAAAGGAGUGGAUCACCUAGAUCUAAUUAUUUUAAAAUUACCAAACAUCCAAAUAAAUUACCUGAAUAAGUUCCUGUAAUCAACAUAAAGUGUAUAAAAGUAUAAAACUAAUCCUGACAAAUACUGAAUUGGGCUUUGAAAAUGGAUUUUAACACUUGAAUUACAGUGUAAUAUGAUAUUAUGUUAUCCAGACACAUUAUGGUCUGAUGUUGUAAAUUUUGUGUUGGGGGACUGUUCAAAAUACUUGUCUGACUAUAAUCAUUAAUGACAUA